GUAGUAUCAAAUGGCCUUCGUCAUUUUUGUAAAGUUCACCUCUCCUCUCUUUCAGGCCAAGGUUUCUCCUUGAUGCUUUGUAUGACCAAAAUACAAAUGCAUAAUGGUGCUAUAACUCUUUGUUUCCAUGGCGUUGCUUUGUUCACCUUAUUUGUUCUUAAUACUACAGGCGCGCCAAGUGGAAGCAAUUUAGCCUGCAGUGGAGACACGAAGCCGCACAUCGGAGGCAAGACAGUGAUCGGAUGCUACCAACCUGAUAUUGGCCGUCUAUCUCCUCCUCCAUCUCGUCCAUCUCUUCCUCCUUUUCCUCCAUCCUUUUCCCCAUCUCCUUCUACAAAUCGUGCAGCCCCACCAACCUUUCUGUUUGCUCCACCUGAACCACCUAAUCCCUCUCCUCCAAAGGGAAGAAAGUAUUCGAAAAGAAAGAAUCCGAAGAGAUUACUAGUCAAGAUUAUUAUUGCAAUAUUUGCUGUGACGCUUGGCUUUGGUUUCAUUCUGUUCCUUUUUUGGUGGAAGCGGAAAUCAAAUAAACAAGAUGUUCUUGCCUUUGAUGUGUCCGUUGCUGAUGAAUUUGGGAAUGGCUUGGGACCUAGGGAGUUCUCUUUUGAUGAAUUGUCUAAAGCAACAAAGAAUUUUGCAGAUGAAGAGAAGCUUGGCGAGGGAGGGUUUGGAGCGGUUUAUAAAGGUUUCUUGAGAGAUUCCAAUACAAAUGUAGCGGUUAAAAGGGUUUCAAGGAGGUCAAAACAAGGGAUUAAGGAGUAUGUGUCAGAAGUAAAGAUUAUUAGUCGAUUGAGGCAUAAGAAUUUGGUAAAGCUUAUUGGAUGGUGCCAUGAAAGGGAACUCUUACUUGCUUAUGAGUUCAUGCCUAGCGGUAGCCUUGAUUUUCAUCUCUUCCAAGGGAGGAGCUUGAUACCAUGGAAGAUUAGAUACAAAAUCGUGCAGGGCUUAGCAUCAGCAUUGUUGUAUCUGCAUGAAGAAGGAGAUUUAUGUGUAUUGCAUAGGGAUAUAAAAGCAAGUAACAUUAUGUUAGAUUCAGAUUUUAAUGCUAAGCUUGGGGAUUUUGGAUUAGCCAGGCUAGUUGACCAUGAAAAAGGGUCGCAAACAACUUUAUUGGCUGGAACCUUGGGAUAUAUAGCUCCAGAGUGUCAUAGAACAGGUAAGGCAAGUAAGGAUUCAGAUGUCUAUAGCUUUGGAAUUGUGGUACUUGAAAUUGCCUGUGGUAGAAGGUCAAUAGAGCCCAUAUAUGAUGAGCAUCAGGCAUCACUGGUGGCUUGGGUUUGGGAAGCAUAUGAGAAUCAAAUGCUUCUUGAUGUAGCUGAUGAGAAACUCUGUAAAGACUUUAACGUGAAAGAGAUGGAGUAUUUAUUACUCGUUGGAUUAUGGUGUUCACAUCCUUCUCGUAGUAUGAGACCGUCAAUUAGGCAAGCAAUCCAAGUGCUUAAUUUUGAGGCAGCACCUCCAAAUCUAUCUAGUAAUAUGCCGGUUCCAGAUUAUGAUGAUAUCCCUAGUACUUCCAUCAUUAGAAUGAGUGAACCUGGUUCACUCAGCAUUACUAUCCCUCGCUAAUUGUUGUGUCUUAAUUGCUACAAGUUAAUUUUGAUAAUAAUUAAAAAUGUGUGUUUCUGUAAGAUGAAUGAAUUCUUGGCAUUCCA